AUGGGUUCAUUGGGGCGUGCGUGUGGUGCAGUCGGUUCGGGAUGUGAUAGCCAAGUGACUAGCAAUGGUAAACGUGAUUGUCCAUGGUCCUACAAUUCAACUAGUCUUACUUCCUCUGAGGUGCAUGCAGGUAUGUCCGAUCGGGACUGGCCUUCAUUGCAAAUUCACUACGAUGGAAGUGUCGCACUGCAGUCUAAUGGGGCGAAACCUACUGCAAAAGUUAAACCUACUUUCGCAAGUGCAAGGGAUUUUAACGAUCGACGGCCGAGCUUUACGCGCCAAAAGAAUAAAUGGACUACUGUGGCUUUGGAUUACACGUAUCCGAAAGACGCGGGCGGUGAUCAAAGGGUGGAAAGCAGUGUGAAGCCGAAUAAGACUGAUCCAGGAAAGGAGACCGCAACGUCUAUCAAUGCGGGGCAUGAAGCACCGGUUGGCUCGACAACUUCCAAGUCUCGAAGUUUUAUACGUACUCCUAGGAAUCAAAGGCCAACGAAGCGGUUGCGCUUCUACCGAGUCUUCCAUUACAAGAACUUACUCAAAUGGCCUCCCAAGGAAAAGCGACAAACUUCGGAAUCAACCUUCGCUGGUUCAACUCCCUUCAUUGUUACCUUAUUCGAUUCACGCACAGCCUUCUGGACAGUCACAGAUUUCUGCUCAACGUAUGCCUCUUCUUUUGGGUAUCCAGUCGUAAUGAUUUACGCGGCCCCUGAGAACUACAUCGGCUUGGAUCCUAAUGCACCCCUCGUGACGUCGGCUCCUCCAGAUUCAAUAGAUAAGAGUUUUCUUACUUCACUACCUUCGCCUGGAGCGGUUAGCUUGCCAAAUUGGAUACCCACAACCUUGGAUCCUACAAAGGCUAACGAGGCUGCUUCAGUUCCAAUCGGUAUCAAUUCUGUCCCGCUUUUCGUUCGACCCAGCGUUUUUCAUUUCGAUCCAACAAUAUCUCCCAUGGAUAGUGAUGCAAUUCUUCAAUCUCGAAUUUUGCAUCAAAUUGAGUUUUAUUUUAGCGAAGAUAACCUCGUUCGUGACACAUAUCUCAGAAGUCAUAUGGAUGAAGAUGGUUGGGUGCCUAUUUCAGUUAUAGCGAAGUUUAAUCGUGUGGCCUCUCUGUGCACGGAUUUGGACAGGAUUAUCAAUGCCCUUGUACCCAGUCAAGUAAUCGAAACAGAUACGAAGGAGAUGCGUGUUCGCUGUCGGAACCGUCCAACUCAGUGGGUCAUUCGAAGUUUUUUGCGAGCGGCUGGUGAAGAAGUCCACGCUAAAGAGGCUGAUCCAACGGAUAGAACUGAAUCAGUCCAUUCUCCCAAUCCCGAUGUCUUGGAAUUCGUGCUUCCCAACGGGGGUAGUUUGCAAGAAAAAACAGAUUCAUUUGGCGACAGUCAGACUGCUGACAUUUCUGUUAAAAAAUCUGACAUUGGAGGUCAAGCUUUCAGUGAGGCGCAUUUCGUUUCUGACGGCUCCAACUCUAAUGCUGUUCUUUCGUCGAACUCGAAACAUCAAGAUACCCGAGGUGAAACGAAUGAGCAACGUUCGAGCCACCAGGAUGAAGACGUCGACGACGCAAUGCUGUCACGUCUUUUCAUCGUUGCUUCAGAAAGUUUCAAGGCAUCUGAUUCUCGAUCUAUUACUCGUCGCAUGCGCCAGCUUUCUCUAUGUGAUCCUUCUGAAAUCCCAAUGUCUCAGUCACUGUCUGUUGCGCUUACUUUUACGAGACGCGAAACCGGAUUUAGCGACCUUAAGUUAUCAAAUGAUUGUGAUUGUAUUGCCAGGCCUGAAGAUGGCAUGAUUAACGACAUAGACUUACAACUUCGCAAGCUCUCCGAGCUUGAUCCGGCCACAAUUUCAACAGACAUCUCGACCAAGGAUGCCCACUACUCUGCAGCUUCUGUCUCUCAAACUUCGACCACCUCCGCAAACGUGGAAUCAACCAGCACUGCUGUUCCACCGUAUCUCCAGUGUCCGGUCCCCUUGCCUUACAUGAAUCCCAUGGCAUCAGCAGGAGUUAUUUCGUCACCUUCCACGGCAUCGGCCACCUCUGCAUCAUUGCUAGGUCAUGUGCCAACCUCAGCGACUGCUCCCUUCAUUGCGCCUGGGGCAACUUUGCUGCCUGCCGUGCUCGCCUAUCCGACGGCCUAUCUGCCACCCAAUUCAGCUUCGCCCCAAGGAUGUGGUGCAAGGGGAGUCAGACUCCCUCAACCCCCUCCUUCGGCUCCACUUCUCUACCCGCGAGCCAAUGGUUUUGUUGGCCCUACACCAGCUCUGAAUCCUGUUACUCCUAUCGCUCCGGUCUUUGCGCAGUCAUCUAAUGCCACGUCCACUGGUAGCAAAACUACGAGUACUGGGACGAAUCCAUCGGCAGCUGUUCGUGCACCGAAUUCGGCCCCAACAGCUCCCAUGCUUUUACCCCCCUCCGCUCCGGGCUUCUUCCUCUAUCCUGCUGGAGCCAACGGAGAGCUUCACGCCUUGCCAGUGGCUCCAAUCAACCCAGCUGUUGGUCCUCUUUUCACCGGACCCUCCGCUGGAGUGCUUAAUGUACCUUUAUUACCAUCUCCCAGGCCUCCCGUUCCCCAACCGCAGCUCGUGCGACCUUCAGGUGGUGUUACCGAGGAGGGCACUGAGAAGGCAGUGGAAAUUAUGGGCACCAAAGGUCUAAAGGGCAAAAAUCCGACAUCAUCCGGUUUUUUCCCAGCUCAUUAUGAUGCACCGAAUCUUACGAACGUCGGAGGGGCGAAACGGUAUCGAACCUUAUCUACGGGAGCAAAUUCGUUACGGAUCGAAGAGCCUCAUGUUGGUUUUCUUUUCACCAGAGGGGAGGGGGGUAAUAGAUCACGAACGGUAUCUGACUGCCCUGAUUCGGCGGCAGCUCCUGAAACCUCUUUAUCACCUGGUACUAGAGAUCCCUUUACCGAGCAUCCAAGUCAGCAACUUUUGCGUCAGCAUGGCUUCACCUUCCACCGCUACAACAAGUUUCGUGCUGCUUGCCUUCGCGAUCGUGAAUUACACGGAAGGGGCAGAUCUCAAGAAAUGAACACACUCUAUCGAUUUUGGUCUUUCUUCCUACGCGUAAACUUCAAUCGUACAAUGUACAAAGAAUUUCGCCGUUAUUCUACAGAGGAUGCCUUAUGUGGCUCCCGUUACGGAAUUGAGUGCCUUUUCAGAUUCUUCAGCUAUGGCCUGGAGUUGCGCUUCAGGCAGGAUCUUUUUAAUGACUUCCAAGAGGAAACUCUAAAGGAUUAUGAAUCUCGGCAUCUGUAUGGCUUGGAGAAAUUUUGGGCUUAUCUUCACUACAGCAAAAAUUGCGUCGAAGUUAGCCCAAAGCUAUGUGAAAUACUCGAAAAGUACAAAACUCUGGGGGACUUUAGAGUAAACUUCCAACCGCCUGAUGGUUUUUUCUUGGCUGGCAGUCGUCGGAGAACACAAUCGGAGACAAUAAUUACUGGCAGUGCCCACGUCCUAACCCCAGAGUUGCCCACCCACCGCCUCUCGGGACUGCCAGCGGGUGGCUCCUCGAAGGAGUCGUCGUCGGAGUCUGAACCUGAGGUGGUCAAUAAAAUGUGCGAAACGGUGACGAUACCCACGGCUCCAGUAGCAGCUGAACCAAAGUCAAAGGAGGAGAAGUUGGAGUCAUCGCAGGCGGGGGAGCAGACAAAAUCAGUGGAAGAGUCGAGCUCUAACGUUCAAACUCAAUCAAAUAAGACAUCUGUUUCUAAAUGCUCUAUUUUCGCAGUCGUCACUACUUCUGCCUUUGUUCACAUUUCCGGUGACGCAUAUCGGAAUCUAUUCAUAUACGAUACUAAUGCUAUUUUUAAUAAGCAUGGAUUUAUUCAGUGGUUUUUAUCGAAAACCGCUUUUAUGGAUCCGACGGAUUUUUUGCUUGGAUGCCUAAUCAUAUACUAUUUUCGUAUUUUUGAGCGACGUUACGGUUCCCGAAAAUAUUUAGUAAAACGAACGUCGAUUAUGUGGGUUUCUCUUCUAUCUACGGCAUUCGAACUUCUAUUCAUCAAACUCUUGUCAUUCUACAGAAUUAAUCUAAACACUCUUCCAUCGGGCCCGUUUUGCUUAAUUUUUCCUUAUUUUAUUCCUUAUUUUACUGAGAUCCCGAACUUGCUUGUGAUGACUGUUGCUGGAUUACCGAUAUCAAGGAAGUCAUUUCUUUAUCUCAUUGGUCUACGGUUAGCAACUUCAUCACUCGGUUCCUUGAUUGUAUGCGGUUGUGGUUUACUGGCUGGCCUUGUUUACCAAUGGAAGAACUUACAAAAGAUUAAUUUAAUCCCUUUUGGGAUUGCUGAGAUUUUCAAUCGAUUGAUCGGACCACUCCUAUCUAGUGAAGUACCCGACGAUGCCUUAAAUUAUAUUGGUGCUACUCUAGACCUUCAAAGGCAAGGGGCCCUUGAUAGACAGGAACAGGCCCUAAUGGAUUUGAGACGGACACAACUUGCCUACAGUAAUAGACGGCGGAACUACGCUCCACAGCCCCAUGAGGUUCAAAAUCUCGUUGAUAUGGGUUUCCCUGAGGAACGAUCCCACCUUGCAUUGACAGUGGCACAUGGGGAUGUUUACGAGGCCAUUAACCUUCUACAGGACCCAUCCUUCAAUUCACACUAG